GCUCACAGUUAGAAGUCUGGCCAUCAGAGCAACGCAAACACGCUAAUUUCCAUAGGCGAAGCUAGCGAGAUGAAGCUGCUGCUACUACUACUGCUAACUGUGGCUAUGUCAGUUGUUGUCCACAGCGAAGACAACCCAACGCUGCCUUCCAUGGCCCUCACCACGCCCCCACAUCCGACCCCCACAGAGGCGAAGUCGCGUUUUGCCCUGCUGGAUGACGUGCGGCUGCUGGCGAACGGCUUGCUUCAACUUGGGCAGAGUCUUCGGGAGUUUGUGCAUAAAACCAAAGCGCAAAUCAACGAUAUUUUCCAAAAGUUAAAUAUAUUCGAUCACUCGUUUUACCAGCUCUCCGUGGUUACGUCGGAGAUAAAAGAGGAAGAGGAGGAACUCAAAAGGACUACGAGUUAUCUCAAGGCGAACAACGAGGAGAUUCGAAAUUUGUCGCUGGAAAUUAACUCGAAGAUAAACAGCAUCCUGAUCGAGAGGGCGCAGCUGCAGAGCAAAGUGGGCAGUUUGGAGGAGAAGCUGAAGGGGUUGUCCCAGAUCAUGCUUCCUCCUGAACAAAUAGGUGAAAUAUCCACACUCAAGGAAGUGAUCGAGGCCCAAGAGAAAACUAUUACAAGUCUUCUGAACGCAGUGAAGGAGCAACACGAACAGCUCGACAACCAAAAACAUAAAAUCAAAAAUCUGGAGGAAAAGCUCAACAACGACAACUUUCAAGAUACUAUGGAAAAGUCCAUGGAUUCUGACCCUUCAUCUUUGGACACGUUUGAGUACCUGACGGUGAACUCAACAGAUCUUCCUACAGACUGCAGCGAGCUAUACGACAAAGGGGAGAUGAACAGCGGAGUCUAUGUAAUAAAACCUAACCACUCUGAGGCGUUCAAUGUUUACUGCGAAAUGACGUCAGAUGGAGGAGUGACUGUGAUUCAGCGCAGGUUGGAUGGUUCCAUGGAUUUCGACCAAACAUGGGAAAAAUAUGAAAAGGGCUUUGGAAAUUUUGAAAGGGACUACUGGCUGGGUCUGCAGAAGCUGUACAGUGUGUCUCAGCAGGGAGCUCACCUGCUGCGCAUCGACAUAGAGGACUGGAGAGACGUCAAGCACUGGGCAGAGUAUAGAUUUUCACUGGACGGAAGCUCCGCCCACUACGCCCUUCACCUCAGCCACGUCUCCGGUGACAUGGCAGACGCUCUGGCCAACGUCACCGGGGUUCGGUUCUCAACUAAAGACACAGCCAACGACAUCCAGAGGAACUGUCCCCGGCAUUCCACAGGUGGUUGGUGGUUUGAUUCCUGUGGAGAAACCAACCUGAAUGGAAGGUACCAGUGGCUGCGUGCAAAGGGGCGCUCUAUGAGAAGAAAAGGCAUUCAUUGGAAGCCAAGCACAGGCCAAUCGCUUUCAUUAAAAACCACAAAGAUUAGCAUAAGACCAGCUCCGGCCGCCUCCGACAGCCUGUACUGACACGCCCCCGGAGACGCCACCCAACGUCACUGCAAAACCAGCUCAAUAGAAAACACUGCUGUACAAAGCUGUGGCUGUGGAAGCAUUACAUUCAUCAGUAAUAUUCUGAAUGGACAAAUAAGACAAAUAAGAUUCUGAAUGGACAAAUACCACCGGUGCUCACCAACAAAAGUGCCAAGAAAAGUUUAAAGGACCUAUAUUACACAAAAUGGACUCUUGUAAGGUUUAAGUCAUGUUCUAAUGUUGUUAUCUCCUAAAAAAUAGACAUGGAGUUGUGUUUUGUUUCAUUCCCAUACGUUUGAGUAACCCUUUAUUAUCACUCGGUCUAAAUCUCAAAAGCUCAAAAUGCUCUGUUCCACCUUGUGAUGUCAUGAACUGGUAGUUUUCAAGUUAACAGCUUCUUUUACCUUUAGUUCAGUAGAGAUUGGCAAUUCCAAAUGAUUCUAGUGAAGGUGUAUGGAGUUUAAAAACACAGUGGAGCACUUCCUGUUUUACCAUACAUGACAUCACAAGGUGGAAGUGUCUUCAGUUUGAGAGAAGAACUCAGCCUAAAUAUCCAGGGUUUGCAUCUUAAACAUGUGUGAAUGAAAAAAAACCACAACUCCAGGUCUGUUUGUGAUGAGGAAACAACAUCAGAACAGAGAUCGGAGAACAGUGUAAUAUGGGCCCUUUAAAGAUACCUGUAGAAUGUUUUUGAGCAAAGGUCAAAAUAAGUCCGCAUUGUGCUGUCUGCAUCUAAUUGAAAAGCCUUUUAUUAUAAUCAUGACAUGCGCCAAGUUACCAUAGAUGUUGUUAGCUUUACCGUCAUAGCAAAACUCUACACUGGUCCCUGCGAGUUGUAAAAAGUGUUUGUAAACUCAUUGUUUUGCGUAUUUAGGAUGCUCACAAUGCAUAAGGUAAAGGAGGAAUAACUUUGGACCACUACAAACAGUUUUAAACUGAUCUAGUUCUGUUUUUCGUUUUAAAAAAUCCCGUACAGUGCCUUUAAACUGUGCUAAUGAUGUAACCAUGGCACCCGGGUCAAUAACCUACAGGGAUCGAUCCAACGGGAACAGCAAAGUUGUCCUUAUGCAACGCUGGCACUCACAAAAUCAGGAAACCGUAUCUAAAAAGUGUCCCCUGCUGAGUGAGUGUGGCUUUUAUGAAAAUACAAAAAUAGUGUAAAGUGAUUACAUUUUUGAGCUUCUUCGCUUCAUAGAGUUGAUGAAAUGGAGUUUGCAUGUUUCCAAGAGCUAAAGGCGAUUUAAGCCACAGACUUUAAAUAAUCCUCUGCCUUAAUCAUGUUUUGUAAAUGUUUUAUUUUUAUUAGUUUGAGUCAACCGUUUGGGUUUUUGAGGGGAGUGGUCCUGUUCUCCUGUUCAUCAUCAUCUGCCAUCGCUAACAAGGUUUUCUACAUUAUAUCUUUUUUUCAGUGUUAUAUUUUGUGUAACUGUUUAUUUAAAUUGUUUAUCACAGUAGUAUAAGCCAUACGCUUAAAUUACUCAAGUUCUGUCAUGAGUCAUAUUGACUUCUGUUUUCAUGUCAUUUCAUUAUCGUACUGUAAACACAUUUAGCCAGGGCUAAAAUAAAACGUAUUUAUGAAGUCAACUUAAAAAUAAAAGAUCUCUGAUGUCCAGUGUCUUGCUGUGUUUAAAGAGUUUCA